AUGGGGUUGAUUAUGGGUCAUAUCAUUUCAUUCGAGGGGUUAAGGGCUGAUCCAAAUAAAAUUCAAUCGAUGCUUGAUUGGCCAACACCAAAGAAUACUAAGGCUUUGAGAGGGUUCUUGGGCCUAACAGGGUACUAUCAAAAAUUCAUUAAGGGGUAUGGAGUACUUGCAGCCCCAUUAACCAGUUUGCUCAAGAAAAAUAAUUUUGGUUGGAAUGUAGAUGCUGAACAGGCCUUUCAGAGGCUAAAAGUAGUUACUCAACCCCCGGUAUUGCGGCUUCCAGAUGUUACCCGUCCUUUUACCAUUGAGUGCGAUGCUAGUGGCACAAGAAUUGGUGCUGUUUUAAUGCAGUUUGGAUAG